GUCAUGAGGAUGGAGGUGUUCGGAGGCGCUCGCACCCUCUACUCAGGAGCCACGGACACCUGGAGGGCACGGACCAGAGCACCCCGGAGGAGGAGUUACAGGGCCUCUACUGCCAGCGGUUAAGGGUGGCAUUUUGACAAACAAAAGGCAAGACCCUCCAUCAACAAAAAGACUAUGAUUGGUUUAUUGUAAUAGCCGCUUUAUUACAAUGCCCUGGGACCAAACUGGCAAUAUCUCGGAGGUGUGCCUGUGUUAAAGAAAAUAAAGCAGAGUGAUGCCAGAGGAAUGGCGGUGUGAGAGAAACCCUCUGGUUUCUUCCCUUAAAGUUUUAACAAUUUGGACAACUGUAACUCAGCUUGGGAUUCCCUGCUCAACGUACAGGCACAGCGGAGAGACCUUCAUAUGGCAGCAUCUGAAGGUGAUCAAUGUCACUGGGAUCUCCGUGGGAUUUGGCUUAUCUUCUGCUUGCGACACCCUCAUGUCUCAGACAUAUGGCAGCCCCAACAAGAAGCACGUGGGGGUUAUCCUGCAGCGGGGCGCGCUCAUCCUGCUGCUGUGCUGCUUCCCCUGCUGGGCGCUCUUCCUCAACACCCAGCACAUCCUGCUGCUGCUCCGGCAGGACCCCGCCGUGUCCAGGCUCACCCACACCUACGUCAUGAUCUUCAUCCCAGCCCUUCCGGCGACGUUUCUUUACACAUUACAAGUUAAAUAUCUGCUCACCCAGGGAAUCAUCCUGCCCCAGAUCCUCACCGGAGUUGCCGCCAACCUCGUCAACGUUCUCGUCAACUACCUGUUUCUCCAUGAGCUGCAUCUUGGGGUGAUGGGCUCGGCACUGGCCAACCUGAUGGCCCAGUUUUCCCUGGCUCUGUUCCUCUUCCUCUACAUCUUCUGGAGGAAACUGCAUCGAGCCACUUGGGGAGGCUGGUCGCUGGAGUGCCUGCAGGACUGGGGCUCCUUCUUCCGCCUGGCCAUCCCCAGCAUGCUCAUGCUGUGCAUGGAGUGGUGGGCCUACGAGAUUGGCAGCUUCCUGAGCGGGAUCCUCGGCAUGGUGGAGCUGGGGGCCCAGUCCAUCGUGUAUGAGCUGGCCACGAUAGUGUUCAUGAUACCCACGGGCUUCAGCGUGGCUGCCAGCGUCCGCAUUGGGAAUGCGCUGGGCGCGGGAGACAUCGAGCAGGCCAGGCGGUGCUCCCUGGUCUCCGUGCUGGUCACAGAGCUCUUUGCGGUAGCCUUCUGCGUCCUGCUGCUGAGCUGUAAGGACCUGGUGGGGUACAUUUUCACUACCGACCGGGAGAUCCUGGCUCUGGUGGCGCGUGUGGUGCCGCUGUACGCCGUGUCCCACCUCUUUGAGGGCCUCGCGUGCACGGGCGGCGGCAUCCUGCGCGGCAGCGGGAACCAGAAGGUGGGCGCCAUCCUCAACGCCGUGGGCUACUACGUGAUCGGCCUCCCCGUGGGCAUCUCCCUGAUGUUCGCCACCAGCCUGGGCGUGGUCGGUCUGUGGGCGGGCAUCAUCCUCUGCACCGUCUGCCAGGCCGCCUGCUUCCUGGGCUUCAUCUCAAGGCUCAACUGGGGGAAAGCCUGUCGCCAGGCUCAGGUCCACGCCAACAUGAGACUGCCGGCGGCCCAGGACCUGCUUCUCCCAGGGGGCCCUGGGAGCCGCGGAGAGACGGGGACGGGAGAUGCUGAGAAGAAGGACGAAGCCCAGUGGGACCAGCAGCUGCACCAGGAGGCGGGCCCCGGGGCCCCUCGGACCCGGCCGGGGCUGAGCGGGCGGCAGCUGGUGCUGCGGCGGGGGCUCCUGCUGCUGGGGCUGCUGGCCGUGCUGCUGGCGGGCGCCCUGGUGUGGGUGUGCGUCUGACUCAGGGCGCAGGGGAGGCCAGCAAGACUGAGCUCAGCCAUUCCAGGCCCAGGCGGGAAUUGUCUGCAGGUAAGGCCAGCCAGCCGGGCCCUGGCUCUCAGAACUGGGACCAGAUGUAAAUAUUUUCUAAGGAAGAAAUGAGCCGAGGCGACAGCAGCGUCUGGGAAACACGCCGGAGGCCAGUGCACCCACGGCCUCGGCCACGACCACGUGCUGACUGCACUGCUGCGGCUUCGCUCUUCGCUCUUCUCUCCCCGCUUCCAUGGCACAAACCCCUGUGCGGAGUGCGGAAGGGGUGCUGUCUGAAUUGUUGAAAAGAUGUCCCAUGUGUCUGUCCUUGUGUGUGAGGUGUUACUCAGUGGGAACGAUCCUGUUAAUGUUCGUUUGGGUCUGAUCUCGGGCCUGAGGCCUUGGAGGCGCUUGAGAAUGAAAAGAGGAGACGGUUAUUCCGAAGGCGGAGUAGGCCUCCGGCGAGGCGGGGAGGCUGAGCUGAGGCCGCUGGAGCCAGCACUUGGGGAUUCUAGUGGUGGGCGCCCGGAGAGCCAGGGCUGGGAGAGCCGGAG